UUGGAGAAGUUAGAUCAGCCACAGAGGCGAUGCAAGGCGUGCAUCUGGGCACGGUGCGCACCAAAGUAACAGGGUAGCCCAACUUUUCUUUCUGCACUAGAAACGUAUGUCUCGAGGCGUUUGUUAAGCAUGGAUCGCAGGCAUGGAAGGAUGGACUGGCGAUUGACGGUUUUCACGCUCUUUUUGAACUUUCCCUUCACUUACGGGUCCCCCUCCUCUUACGGCUUAUUCCAGGGCUCUGCGUACACCGGGGCGACCCACAGGCACAGGAAUAGGAACUGGUGCGCCUAUGUGGUGCAGAGGAACGUGAGCUGCGUGGUGCAGGGCAGCGCCGAGGGCCUCCAGGAGCCCGUGGUGGCCCCCUGCCCGCCCUACCAGCCCGACUGCCAGCAACAAGUGACGUACCAAACACGGCUUCGGCCCACAUACAAGAUUGCCUACAAGACAGUCACAGAGUUGCAGUGGAGAUGCUGUCCCGGUUACAGAGGUCCAGACUGUAAGGAUUUAAGACAAAUGCCAGAUCGCCGACCACCCCCACCCCAGGGAGAGGACCAUUACGUCCCACCAAAUCCCGGACACUCUACUAGACACACGCAGCGUACAGAGCGAAGGGAGAUUGCACAGGAGACAAGACAAGUUGUCACAGACAAGGUGCGUCUUCUGGAAGGCGAAGUGCAGCGUCUGUCUCAGACAGUCCUGGAUCUCCAGUCGGCUUUGACGGGGGUGACUACCAACCUACGCACAGACCUGCAGGACGACACAAAGAAAAUGCUGGUGACACUUCUCAACAACAUGCGGCCUCCAGAUACUCCCAGUGUAGGAGGAACAGAGGAGAGCCCAGCAGUGUUGGACGGUCACCAGGCUACCAGAGGUGCCAUCGCAGGAGAGAACGCCCUAGAAAAAAUAGUGACUCGUUUAGAUGAUGUCGGCAUUGCAUUGAAAAGCAACGACGAAGCUUUGGAGGACCUAAGAGGAGUUGCAGCGAAUCACGAGGGGCAGAUCCGUGUCCUAAUGGACGCUUCCCAGUCUCAGCCUCCAGCCAUAACUGAGUUUGAUGUGGUGCAAACCUACAUUGAUGGAAAAUUUGACAAGCUGAAGAGGGAGCUAGACCAGAAUUUGGAGAAACAGGUGGCCGAACUACAGCGAUCAUGCGACGACAAGGUUCAGAUAGUUCAGAAGACCUGUGAAGACAGAAAUGACCACGUCUCCCUCAGGCUCACCAAGCUGAUGGAAUCCAAGGAGGCUGAUCUGAGAAAGGAGAUCCGAGCACUUCGUCUAGAUAUGGCUGCCGCAGAUGGACCUGUGCGAACUCAAAGGCAGACAGAUCCAUCCAGAGAGGACAAGGACGACAGUAACACGAAAGACUUGUGGCGUGAGAUUGACCGUAUCGAAGAGGCUUACAGAAUCCUUAAUGUCCGCAUUGACAAUGAACUGGCUCACUUGUCCGGACUUCAGGACAUCGGUGAUUUUGGCGCAAUGGUCACGGAGUUGGAGGCGCGUCUAAAUAUCACAGAACGCAAUACUGAGACGCACUGCUUCUACGUUGAUGAGAAAUUAAGCCGAACAAUUAGGGAAGAAGUGGAAGCACUUAAGCAGCUUCUGGAUCAAGGUUUGAACAGGGUGGAAGAUCAGUUUACGAACACUCUGGUGGAAAUGAGCAACAACUCUUUCCCGGGGACUUUAACUGGGUCCAUGGUUGCUAUCCAGACAGAAGUCGACAACACCAAGUUCCUCCUCCAAGGUUUGGAGGAAAAGGUUAAUGAUGUUGAGGAGAUGUGCUCUGUAGGAUGUUCAGGUGCUGGAAUGACUGUAGGCGAGGGAAGACCAGUACCCAUACCUUUACCUGGUACAGAAAACAUUAUGAAGGAACUGAAAAGAUAUCGAAAUGACUUGGACGUUCUUAACACAGAUGUAAUGUCCAACACAAAUAAGCUUACGCAACUGGAGGACCGUGUUCAAAGGGAGUCCACUGAAAAUGAGAAACAUUUGAAGACAAUGGAGGACUUCCAGAGGGGCUUGAUUAAUCUUCAAGACAAUUUCCUUGGCGUAGCUAGUGCUGUCACUGGGUUAAGUGACUCUUUGAGCCAAUACAACCAGGAUGUGCAAAGAAUAAACUCAACAUGCUGCCAUGCGGAGCGGAGCAACACUGGAAGUGCCACGCAGGUUAACUGGGCUUCUGCUGACUCUACCAGCCGUCAGAUGGAUGAACUGAAGAACAGGCUCGAUGCGCUAAGUACGGAGGUGUCAUCUGAACUGAACGACUGUAGACAAGGCACACGGGGGGUUUCUGACGGAAUCGCAGCUGUGGAUGAUCGCGUGACCCGACUUGAAAAGAUGUGUGGAAGGCUAGAUGGGGUUUCUGUUAACGUCAGAGAUCUGAAAAAUGGGCUGGAGAGAUAUGUGGGCGACCUGCGGGACUGCGUCCACAGGAUGAAUGUCACCAGUAGACAUCAUGGCACAGACAUCAGCACGCUGCAGAAUGCCUUGCAAAAUCUCCAGGCGCAGAUGUCUGCAAUGGCCAAACACGUUUUGAAAGACGUUGCUGCCAAAGAGCCAGGAAUGCCCUUAACGCCAGAGAGGCCAGCUCCUAUCCCUGACACGACUCCCACCAGAACCAGAAUACACCAAGUCUACAUCCCUGUCCAGCUCCCUCCACGGCCGUCCAGCCCCCGGCAGCCGUACAGCCCCAGCCAACCGGCGCAGCCCAACAUGCACACCAUCAGGAUCAGCCCGCCAAGCCAGCCCGCCGGCCGCCAGCAGCCCGGCCAGACUCUUCCCCUGAUUCCCAUUCGACCUGUGGUGGAGACGGGAGAGGCGGGACCUCCAGGAUACAUGCGGAGGGUAACUGUGCGCAGGGGGUCCGAGAACCCUUCCAGCAAACCGGUCCAAGGGUUUGCUGGAGCUCCAGGCUAUCCUCCCCUGCAGCCGACAUCGUUCAAACCUCAGUCAGCCAGCCGCAGAGUUCCCGUAGCAGCAAAGAUGCAGUGGAGCCCGAUGGAUCAAGCUCCGGCUGCCGCUCCAGUGUCAGUGGACAACAGCGCCUUUGCAGACCCCUUCUCCUUCUCCGCCGGCCUGACGCAGCUGCCGCGCUUCUCUGGAGACUUUGGCUUCAUCCGCUUCAACAGGGUGCUGGUUAAUGACGGUGGACACUACAGUCCCCAAACAGGGAUCUUCACCGUGCCGCAGGAUGGCCGAUACUUGAUUUCAGGCCUCCUGACCGCAAAGUACAGCGUGCAGGCCGUCCUGUCCGUGUCCAACCGCAGCAUGCACCAGCUGCGCAGCGCCGUGCCGCCCCUGCCUGGGAAGCUCGGGACCGCGGCCUGCGGCUGCGGAGGCACCGUGUCCUUCAGCCUGAUCCUGCCGCUGAAGAAAGGAGACCGGGUGGGUCUGGUGAGGACCGGAGGUCAGCUGGCCACCACCGAGGCCAGGGAGAUCCUCUCCACCUUCAGCGCCAUCUUCCUGUACGCGCCACAAUCCAAGAGAUAGCCGAAGCUCAACCGAGCAGCAGCGACGAGGACUUAUUUGUUCCCAGGUAGUCGGACUGGAAGAAACCGCUUUUUUCCCCCCAACGAUCUGCUGGAAUGCAGCAAUUUAACAUUGGUGAGAAAAAUGAUCAUCUAUAAAGUCAUCAUAUUGCAAUAUAUGUAUGUCAUUGAAAAAGAGACAGAAAUGCAUUAGGCAGGGUUUGUAUCUAAUAUAUUUGAUUAUCACAUUGAAAUGUUGUAUCUAUUGUAAAUGAACAUUAUGCCACUGUGCUUGUUGUUGGUUACAAAAUAAAACCUGGUAAAACACCUUGAAAAGAUGAGCUCACUUCCUCUCACUGUGCACACAUUUAGACCUAAAAAAAAAACCCACAUGAAGGGAUUCAUGUGGAAACAUUGUUUUUAUUAUGAAUGUUACUAACCUGUUUGGCUUCAGAAGCAGAGGAAAGGCGAAAACCUCAUUUGUGUCAUUAUGUAAAGUGGGUAUAUUUCCCCUCUUUACUCCUGGGACUGAUACAUUUUCUAAAUUGCAAACUGUUAGAACUAUACAGCCUUCAGUUCAGCCUCUAUUAACCUUUAAAAAAAGAAAAAGGGAAAUUUUAAUUCAAAGUAAAAUACAAGGGUGCCCUGAGAACUACUGUUUUUUAUAAAUAUCUGAUGUUUGUUAUAUUCUGUGAAACCAAGUCAAAUUUGGAAAGACCGGAGGGAAUUGCACUGCAAUAACCUCAUUAAUGUAUUGUUUGUUUGAAAAUAAAACCAGGGCCAAAGUUACCCCGAAUAGCC